AGACAGCCAGUCAGCCAACCAACCAGGCAGCCAGUCAGCCAGUCAGUCAGUCAGUCAGAGGCAGGCGCACCGUGUGCCACCACUUUGACCGCUCCAGCUCUCCUCCUGCACGUUAAACCGCAGCUCACCCACCACCAGCAGCAAACAUGGACAACAUCAGCGACACGGUGGAGCACGAAGAGCGCAGUGAUGGAGCCGACAGCCCCGACCGGGAGCCCAGAGGUGGCAGCGCAGGUGAGGAGGCCAAGGAGCAGCUGGUCAGCGAGGCGCAGGUCCACGCCCCUGCCGAGGGAGAGCGCAGCUACAUGGACACCAGGGACAGACACAGCCCCUCGUCCUCCUCUUCAUCCAGCGAUGAUGAAGAGGAGGAGGUGAAGGUAGAGGAGGAGGAGGUAAAGGCAGAAGAAGCGGAGCCGGUGGAGGUGGAGGUGGAGGUGGUGGAGGUGAACGGCGAGGCGCACGACGGAUCCAGGCGCUCGUCGUCCUCCUCGGCAUCCUCCGCUUCUCCCGACGACCCGCCGAGGACCCGGGAGGAGGAUAACGCAGAGGACGGGAUGCUGAUGGCCUACACCCACCACGACACCGCCACCGGCCAGGAGGAGACGGUCGACUACACCCUGAAAACUCUGGAGAGUGUGACUCUGGAUGAGAGCAGCGCUGCGCCGGACGACCCCAACCAGCCCGACGUGGCCCUCUUUGUCAAGGCGGGCAACGAUGGAGAAAGCAUCGGCAACUGUCCCUUCUCCCAGCGUCUCUUCAUGAUCCUCUGGCUGAAAGGCGUGGUGUUCAACGUCACCACCGUCGACCUCAAAAGAAAGCCGGCAGACCUGCACAACCUGGCCCCGGGGACGCACCCUCCGUUCCUGACCUUCAACGGGGAGGUCAAGACCGAUAUCAACAAGAUCGAGGAGUUCCUGGAGGAAACGCUCAGCCCUCCAAAGUAUCCCAAACUGGCCGCCAAGCAGAGAGAGUCGAACACAGCUGGAAAUGACAUCUUCGCCAAGUUCUCAGCCUACAUCAAGAACACCAAACCAGAGGCCAACGCCGUUCUAGAGAAGGGUCUGACCCGGGCCCUGAAGAAGCUGGACGACUACCUGAACAGCCCGCUGCCGGACGAGAUCGACGCAGACAGCAUGGAGGAGGAGAAGGGCUCCAACCGGUGCUUCCUCGACGGAAACGAGCUCACUCUGGCAGACUGCAACCUGCUGCCCAAACUGCACAUAGUCAAGGUUGUCGCUAAGAAGUACCGCAACUACGACAUCCCCUCAGACAUGACGGGCGUGUGGCGGUACCUGAAGAACGCCUACACCCGCGACGAGUUCACCAACACCUGCGCCGCCGACUCCGAGAUCGAGACGGCCUACAAAGACGUGGCGAGGAGACUGGCCAAGUCCACGCAGCUUCACAGCUCCAGAUGUGACGGAUCUCAGCGGUUCGGCACAUCGUGUACGCGGUGUCGCAAUUACAGAACCAGACACGGCUGAGGAGAAGUGGAGCAGGGCCGAUAAAUCAAGCACAUUUUAACUGAAUUCACAGGUUUUGAAAAACUACAUUCAGUUUUUUUUUUGCCGCUGUGAAACUUAAACAUGAUUGUGUCUGUCUGUAUUUAUUCCUCAUCACACAAAGCUCUCUUUCAUACGUUCUCCACCGGCCCGCAACGGCCAAACAUUUUACUAGCUGCUGAUGUCAGGGUCGUUCACUUUAUUUAUUCCUAAGCCCACAGAAGUCUGGUCCAGCUCCAGUGUUUAUGAUCAAGCUUUGGCUCCUGGGGAGACACCUUGAUUCAUCUGUGAUUGAUGACGGAUGCUAAUUGUUUUGACUGAAUAUGACUGUUGAUUCACUUCUUUUUUUUUUUUUUUUUUGAUUGUCAUUCAUUUCUUGUAGGUGUUGCUGUUGUUGUUUUUGUUUCCUUGAGCUUAAACGCAUCUUGAAAUUCACUCACUGCUUCUGAACGAUUGAUUUGUGGAUAGAUUGAUUUUUAAAUGAACACGUGAUCGAUGAUGAACAUUUUUUUUUUUUUUUUUUCCUGACAAGGGGCAUCGAUAGCUUAGAAACAAAGCCUGUGUCCGAAUUGUUUGUACACCUGACGUCUGUUUCGGAGUCCUAACAUUUAAAAACAUUUAAAAACAUUUAAAAACAUCCAAAAAAGUAACUUAACUUAUCAACAGAAUAUGACAAAACAUUGUAAUAAAUACGCGUUUGUAUUUUGUUGUGGAGAUAUCCACUACAGUUAGCAUGCUAACCAGCUCGGAAAACCAAUCUGAGCUCCCAUUCUGGACCACUAGCUGCACGGCUAACUGAGCUAACUAGCUAACAACAGCUACAGUCAGCAGCACCCCCAACAUCUUACAUAUUGCACCUUUAAUAUAUGAAAAAAAUCUUCACGUGCCUUUAUUUGGUAGAUUCAAAAAAAAAAUAAAAAAUAAAAAAUCUGAGCCAAUGUCGCCCGCAGACGCGUUUCUGAAAAGUGUUUUGCAUCCAGAGCCGAGACAUUUGUUCUGCCUCCGGCUAUUAGCGUCCAGUUCAGGUAUUGAUUUUGUCUUGAGUUACACAUGAUAUUAUGAAUGGAGAGAGUAUUUACUCAGCAGCCCCAAUCAGGCCUGAUUAGGCAGAGCCAUUAGUGCUGCGAUGAAAAGCGUCUUCCAGGCCAGGUCCACAAUGGUCAGGAGCCCUGCCCUCCAGCCUCCUUCAUCAAAGAGACAUUUCCUCCGCCACGAGGAGUCUCUCAACAUCCGCAAGCCUAAAGUUCAAGUUCAAAAGUUUCAUUGUCCGCGCAGAGGAGGAUGGAAAUUCGUCUUGGGGCUUAUCGUCUUUGGCUUGUUGUCAGGCUGCAACUAUAGCGAGACUUCCUCGAAGAGCCAUAAGGCUCUUGUGUGGUUUGGACAAACAUAUGAUAUGAAAUUGGAGCAUGAUGACUGAGAGCCAUGCUCAUUGCGAAGCUCUACAAAUAAAAUAAUAUUUUCACAGA